AUGGACCUCAAUGGACCAUCAACCACCUCAGGGCCGCCGUCGCCUGGCGAUCUGAUUGCCCAGCAACGCAAAGACGCCAUCCAAGCGGCCACCCAGCCCCCCAGCGAUGCCGGGCUUUUCGCGCAGCUUACCAGCAAUCCUUUCUUCACAGCGGGAUUCGGUCUCGCAGGUCUGGGAGCUGGACUGAGUCUAGCGCAAAAGGGACUCCGCCAUGGCGCUGCGCUCCUCCGCCGGCGCAUGCUCGUCGACGUCGAGAUCAGCGUCAAGGAUGAAUCCUACCCGUGGUUUCUGCACUGGAUGACGCUGUACCAAAGCUCCCAGCUCAACACGACUCGCGUCGCCGCCACCGCCGCCGCCGCCAGCCGGUCUGGCUUCAUGGAAUCGAUCCUCCGCAAAUUGACCCCGGGCACGCGCCAUCUGUCCAUCCAAACGCAGAAAGUCGAACACACCAACGGCGCCAUCCACACGCAGUUCGCCCUCGUCCCGGGUAUGGGUCACCACGUGCUGCGGUACAAUAACGCUUUCAUCUUUGUGAACCGCAUGCGCGAGUCCAAAUCGGUGGACCUGAAGACCGGGCAGCCGUGGGAGACCAUCACGCUCACGACGCUGUACGCCCAUCGCCACGUGUUCGAGGAGAUCUUCAAGGAGGCGCACGCGUACGCGGUCCAGGCGCACGAGGGCAAGACGACCAUCUACAAUAGCUGGGGCACGGAGUGGAAGCCCUUCGGCAAGCCGCGGACCAAGCGCCCGCUGGAGUCGGUGAUCCUCGACGAGGGCGUCAAGGAGCGGAUCGUGGAGGACGUCAAGGACUUCACCGCGAGCUCGAAGUGGUACCAGGACCGGGGCAUCCCCUACCGCCGCGGCUAUCUGCUCUACGGGCCGCCCGGCACGGGGAAAAGUUCGUUCAUCCAGGCUCUGGCCGGCGAGCUGGACUACGACAUCGCCAUUCUGAACCUGAGCGAGCGCGGGUUGACCGACGAUCGGCUGAACCAUCUGCUGACGAUCCUGCCGAACCGGACGCUGGUCCUGCUGGAGGACGUCGAUGCGGCGUUCUCCAACCGCCGCACCCAGACGGACGAGGACGGGUACCGCGGGGCCAACGUGACGUUCUCCGGGCUGCUGAAUGCCUUGGACGGCGUGGCGAGCGCCGAGGAGCGGAUCAUCUUCCUCACCACCAACCACGUCGAGCGACUGGAUGAGGCGCUCGUGAGACCCGGCCGGGUGGACAUGACGGUACGCUUGGGCGAGGUCAGUCGCUAUCAGGUCGGCCGUCUCUGGGACCGGUUCUACGGGGAGCUGGAGCAGAGCGCCGUCUACCGCCAGGCGUUCCUCGACCGACUGCAGGAAUUGGGGCUCAUCGAGGACGCAGAUGGGAACAAGGCCGAUCUGUCGAGGAGCACCAGUGCGGCCGCCUUACAGGGCCUGUUCCUUUACAAUAAGGGCAACAUGGAGGGCGCCAUUGCUAUGGCUGAGGGAUUGAUGUUCAGGGUUCAUCACAGCGAUUAA